CUCACAGGAAACAGAGCGCUCAUGGAGUUUAAAAAAGCGUUUUCCUCAAGUAUAGAUUAUCGGAUCUCUGGCUCACACACAUGAUCAAUAACAGACUGGGGGCUGCUAUAAGUUAUUAUGAAGACUUUAAGAAGUCUGAAUUUUUCCACUGAGGACGAUAUGACGAGGUCUUCACCUCCGAUGUCCUCAACAAGUGAGACCAGCAUCCACAAUUAUGCUGAGAUUAUGACAGAAUUCCCUGAACUACCAGGCUACUGGUUUGAAUAUCGAGUAGAGGUUCCCCCAAAAACAACAUCUCAGCUCUCUCAAUUUUAUGACUCUGAGGACGAUAUGACGAGGUCUUCAACUCCGAUGUCCUCAAAAAAUUAUGACACAAUUCCCAGAGCUGCCAGGACAAUGGUUCCCCCAAAAGCAACAUCCCAGCUCUCACAGUUUUACAUCUCUGAGGACGAUAUGACGAGGUCUUCAACUCCGAUGUCCUCAAAAAGUGAGACCAGCAUCCACAAUUAUGCUGAGAUUAUGACACAAUUCCCAGAGCUGCCAGGACAAUGGUUUGAAUGUAGAGUGGAGGUUCCCCCAAAAGCAACAUCCCAGCUCUCACAGUUUUACAUCUCUGAGGACGAUAUGACGAGGUCUUCAACUCCGAUGUCCUCAAAAAGUGAGACCAGCAUCCACAAUUAUGCUGAGAUUAUGACACAAUUCCCAGAGCUGCCAGGACACUGGUUUGAAUGUAGAGUGGAGGCUGGAGAAGAUCUGAUGUAA